AUGCCGCCCUACGAAGCCCACGAAAUGCGCCGUGGCAAGUACGCCAAGCUCGACAACCCCGUCGACGACGAUGUCGAGACCCCGACGCGCUUCUCCUCCGAAUCCAACGGCACGCUGGAAGAUCUCGAAGAACACGACCCACUCGCAUUCGACAGCAAGAUCAGGCGCAAGAAGAGCGCCGGCGAUCUCAAGGUCCGGAAGGCGUCCUACAGAGACACCGAGGACGCGGCGCCAUUCCCCAUACAGCAAAGGAAGUCGCGGUGUGCGCCAGGACGGUGCUGCUGCUGGCUGCUAGUCUUCGUCGCCGCGACCGUACUGAUACUCGCCUCGGGUGGCAUAUGGGCAUACAAGGUCUCGGUGCCUGAGGAUGGGCUGAGUCCGCCGUGGUACCCCUCGCCAAAGGGUGGCACCGACCAGGCAUGGGAGGACAGCUAUAAGAGGGCUGCGGACCUGGUCAAGCAGAUGACGUUGCCUGAGAAGGUCAACAUCACAACAGGCACAGGCUGGAGCAUGGAUCUCUGCGUCGGCCAGACUGGGCGCGUAGACAGGCUGAAGUUCCCCAGCUUGUGUCUACAGGACGGCCCACUGGGUAUUCGAUUCGCCGACAACAUCACCGCAUUCCCUGCCGGUAUCACCACCGGCGCGACCUGGUCCAAGGAACUCAUGUACCUACGCGGAAAGGCCCACGGCCAAGAAGCACGCCUCAAGGGCGUCAACGUCCUGCUGGGUCCUGCCAUGGGUCCUCUCGGGAGAAUGCCAGCUGGUGGUCGCGUCUGGGAGGGUUUCGGUUCGGAUCCCGUUCUACAAGGCAUCGCAGCGGCCCAAACCAUCAAGGGCAUCCAGGACGAGGGCGUCAUGGCUACCGCAAAGCAUUAUGUCGCCAACGAACAAGAGCACUUCAGACAAGCAUGGGAGUGGGGCCUUCCAAACGCGAUAUCGAGCAACAUCGACGACCGCACACUACAUGAGAUCUACGCAUGGCCCUUUGCCGACUCCGUCAAAGCUGGAGUGACCAGCGUUAUGUGCUCGUACAACCAGGUCAAUUCCAGUUAUGCCUGCCAAAACUCCAAGCUCCUCAACGGCGUCCUGAAGGAUGAGCUGGGUUUCCAGGGCUUCAUUCAGAGUGACUGGCUAGCACAGCGUUCAGGUGUGGCUAGUGCUCUUGCGGGCUUGGAUAUGACCAUGCCGGGAGAUGGCUUGAGAUGGGCCAAGGGCAACAGCUUAUGGGGCCCUGAGCUUACCCGUGCGGUUCUCAAUGGCAGCGUGCCAAUCGAUCGUGUCGACGACAUGGUUACUCGUAUUGUGGCAUCUUGGUAUCAGGUUGGCCAGGACAAGUGGGAAAAUGACGGACCAAACUUCUCUUCGUGGACCAACGACCGGGUCGGCAAGCUUCACGAGGGCAGUCCAUCGGACCACGAAACAGGCAUUGUAAACCAGUACGUCAACGCGCAAGGAGAAGGGAAAGAAGCCCAUGGACACCUAGUCCGUCGCGUCGCUGCCGAAGGUACCGUCUUGGUGAAGAACGAGGGCAAGAUGCUGCCUCUGGACCGAAAGGGAUGGAAGACUGGCGGCAAGGCCAAGACAAAGUUCCGUGUUGGUGUCUUUGGUGAAGAUGCACGUCUCCCUCAUGAGGGAAUCAACCACUGUCCAGAUCAGAGCUGCAACGAAGGUACAUUAGCCUCAGGAUGGGGCUCUGGCGCGGUCAACUUCUCGUAUCUAGUGGAGCCCAUGUCCGCUAUUCGAGACGCGUUCGACAACGAGACUGUUUACGUCACCGAUUGGCUAGAAAACAAGCUGCCUAGCCAGAAGGAGAUUCUCGUCGAUCAGGACCUCUGCAUUGUCUUCGCUAACGCCGACGCCGGAGAGGGCUACCAGCACUAUGAAGGCAUUCGUGGUGACAGGAAUGACCUUAACCUGCAAAAGGGCGGCGAUAAACUGAUUCAGGAUGUUGCUAAAGAUUGCGGAGAAGGCAUGGGCGAUGUCGUGGUUGUCAUCCACACUGUUGGACCUGUAAUCCUGGAGAAGUUCAUCGACAUCAUGAAUGUCAGAGCCGUCAUUAUCGCCAAUCUUCCCGGUACCGAAUCUGGUAACGCCAUCGUAGACGUACUUUUCGGUGACGUCAACCCAUCUGGACGUCUACCUUACACAAUCGCCAAGAAGGAAGACGACUACGGCCCAGGCAGCAAAAUCAAGUAUCUUCCCACCCCAAAGGAUGGUCUGGCGCCUCAGCAGGACUUCUCCGAAGGUCUCUACAUAGACUACCGUCACUUCGACAAGAAGAACAUCGCCCCACGAUUCGAGUUUGGCUACGGUCUUUCGUACACCGACUUCAAGCUGUCCUCUCUCCUCAUCGAAGAAAAGGGCGCUAAAACACCUCUUCCCAAGCCUCGACCUGACGGCCUGACUCCACCAAGCUAUUCUACCGAUCUACCAGAUCCCAAAUCUGUGUUGUUCCCUGAGGGCUUCAACCAGGUCGAACGGUUCAUCUACCCAUGGCUAGAUUCCGUAAAGGGUAUCAAGAAAUCCGACCCCGCUCCUCCCGCUCCUCCAUCUCCUCUUAGCCAAGCAGGCGGUGGUCCAGGUGGCAACCCCGAUCUCUACACCACGCUCCUGACUGUAUCGGCGUCACUAGAAAACGCCGGACCCGUCGACGGCGCAUCAGUAGUGCAGCUCUACAUUUCUUUCCCACAAAACUACAAGGACCACGAGACGGGUGAGCCCGUCGACUUCCCCGUUCGUGUGUUGCGCGGCUUUGAGAAGAUCCACCUUGAGAAGAAUGCAGGCAAGCUGGUGCAGUUUGAUGUCACGAGAAGGGAUUUGAGCUAUUGGGAUGUCAAGAGGCAGAAUUGGGUGUUGCCUAAUGGCGAAUUCGGUAUUAGUGUGGGUUUCUCAAGCCGAGAUCUGCCGCUGGAGGGGAAGUGGUGA